CAUUGGAUGAUAGACAAAUCAAAUCAGUGGAGUGACUGCCUGGCCUCACCUCUCGUCUCUUUCUCUCCAGUCAGAUAGACAGACAGACGUACUGUAGAUAAAUCUAUCAACGAUGGUGGUCCCUGGCUCUCAACACAUAGAGGACAAGAUGUACCCUCCUCCGGAGGGUCUGCAGAAGGAUGCUCAUGUGCCUGACUUCAACUGUUAUCUGGAACUUUACAAGAAGUCUAUUGAGGAGCCGGACGUAUUCUGGAAAGAGGUCGCUAGUGACUUCUAUUGGAAGAAGCCUCCUACGGGUCACGUGCUGCAGUAUAACUUCGAUGUGACCAAAGGGAACAUCUAUGUCAAAUGCAUGGAGGGAGCCAAAACCAACAUGUGUUACAACGUCCUGGACAGGAACGUGAAGGAUAAGAACCUUGGUGAACGAGUGGCAUUCUACUGGGAGGGUAACUCACCUGAUCACCACGAGGCCAUCACCUACGGUCAGCUGCUAGGACAGGUUUGCAGGUGUUCCAAUGUUCUGAAGCAGAUGGGAGUGAGGAAGGGAGACAGGGUGGCCAUCUACCUCCCUAUGAUUCCGGAGCUGGUGUACACCAUGCUGGCCUGCGCCAGGAUAGGAGCUGUCCACUCCAUUGUGUUUGCAGGCUUCUCCGCUGAGUCUCUGUGUGAGAGGAUCAUGGAUUCCCAGUGCAGUAUCCUGGUGACUGCAGAUGGUGUGUACAGAGGGGAGAAGUUGAUCAACCUGAAACAGAUAGCAGACGAGGCUCUGGAGAAAUGCAGGGAGAAAGCAUCCGCCACUGUUACAAGAUGUUUAGUAGUAAAACAUCAUGCACUGAGGACACAAAAUGCAGAUGUUUCCAACAAAUUGCAGACCCCGUGGGAUGCUGCGUGUGACGUGUGUUGGGAGGAGGUGAUGGGACAGGUCUCAGAGCAGUGUGAACCUGAGUGGCUAGAUGCAGAGGAUCCUCUCUUUAUACUGUAUACCAGCGGAUCUACUGGCAAACCGAAGGGUGUCCUCCACACAGUAGCAGGCUACCUGCUCUACACCUCUCUGACCUUUAAGUAUGUGUUUGACCACCAGCCAGGCGAUGUGUACUGGUGUACCGCUGAUAUAGGAUGGAUCACCGGACACUCAUACAUCACUUAUGGACCCCUGGCCAAUGGGGCUACCAGCGUGCUGUUUGAGGGUAUUCCAGUCCACCCUCACGUGGGGCGUUUCUGGGAGGUGAUUGAGAAGUACAGAGUGUCCAAGUUCUACACGGCUCCCACAGCCAUACGCCUUCUGAUGAAGUACGGAUUAGACCCAGUACAGAAGUACGACCUGUCAUCGCUGAGGAUUCUGGGUACUGUAGGUGAGCCCAUCAACCCGGAGGCGUGGCAUUGGUACCACGAGGUGAUUGGCCAGAAGAGAUGUCCAGUGGUGGACACCUUCUGGCAGACGGAGACGGGUGGCCAUGUUUUAACUCCUUUACCUGCCGCUACACCUCUGAAACCGGGAUCAGCUACGUUUCCUUUCUUUGGCGUGGAGCCAACCAUCCUGAACGAGCAUGGAGAGGAACUGGAGGGAGAGGCAGAGGGCUAUCUGGUGUUCCGGCGGCCCUGGCCUGGUAUCAUGCGUACCGUGUACGGAAACCAGGAGCGGUUUGAGAACACAUACUUCAAGAAAUUCCCGGGUUUCUAUGUGACCGGAGACGGCUGCAGGAGGGAUAAAGACGGAUACUACUGGAUCGCAGGCAGGAUAGAUGACAUGAUCAACGUAUCAGGCCACCUGUUGAGCACAGCGGAGGUAGAGUCAUCUCUAACAGACCACGGAGCGGUGGCCGAAGCUGCAGUGGUCAGCAGACCCCACGCGGUCAAGGGGGAGUGUCUCUACUGUUUCGUUACUCUGAAGGACUGCAGAGAGUUCAACCGCACUCUGGUGGACGAACUCAAGAGACAAGUGAGGGAGAAGAUUGGUCCGAUCGCCACACCAGACUUCAUUCAGAACGCUCCUGGACUUCCUAAAACACGAUCUGGUAAGAUCAUGCGGCGGGUCCUGAGGCAGAUCGCCCGGAACGAGAAGGAUCUAGGUGACCUUUCAACUAUGGCUGACCCCAAGGUCGUAGAGGUCCUGUUCAGCCAGCGCUGUGAAACGUCCGCCUGAGGGGCUGCAUGUCAAUACUCUACAGUAGCUUCCUCUGCUCGACAC